CUGACCAUGAGCUACAGGAAGAGGAGCUUCACUUUUGGUGCCUAUGGGGGGGUGGACCAGACUGUUGUCUCCCACAGACGCCCUCCGUGUCAUGAUGGGCAGAGCCAGCUCAUUUCUUACACCAUAGCUUUUUCCAGAGCAAACUCUUCACCCCUUGACAGUGCUCCCCAAUUUAAGAACUCGGACUUGUUUGAAAUGAUUGAGAAGAUGCAGGGCUGCAGAAUGGACGAGCAGCGAUAUUCUCUCCCGCCUCCUCUUAAGACUGAAGAGGAUUAUAUCCCAUACCCCAGUGUCCAUGAGGUCCUGGGAAGGGAAGGCCCCUUUCCCCUAAUUCUCUUACCACAAUUUGGGGGAUAUUGGAUUGAGGGGACUAACCAUGAUGUUUCUGUUCUAUCGGAUCCUGAGGCCAUUCAGUCGCCCACUGGCAAGGUGAAGUUGGAGAGCAACCAUACGGCAAAGCUGUACCGUAAGCACUUCCUAGGCAAGGAACAUUUUAACUAUUACUCAGUUGACGCCGCACUUGGCCACCUUGUGUUUUCCUUGAAGUACGACGUCAUUGGAGACCAGGAACACCUCCGCCUCCUCUUAAGAACAAGGUGUAAAACACAUCAUGAUGUAAUCCCUAUUUCCUGUCUCACUGAGUUCCCAAAUGUUGUACAAAUGGCAAAGCUGGUGUGUGAAGAUGUGAACGUGGAUCGGUUUCAUCCAGUCUUAUACCCAAAGGCAUCUCGUCUGAUUGUCACAUUUGAUGAACACGUCAUUAGCAAUAACUUUAAGUUUGGUGUCAUCUAUCAGAAAACUGGGCAGACAUCAGAGGAAGAGCUGUUUAGUACGAUAGAUGAGAGUCCAGCAUUUGCUGAAUUCUUGGAGUUGUUGGGGGAUCAGGUUUUUCUCCAGGACUUUAAGGGGUUCCGGGGAGGUCUUGAUGUAACUCAUGGACAGACUGGUACUGAAUCGGUCUAUUUCAAUUUCCGGGGCAAAGAGAUCAUGUUCCAUGUGUCAACCAAACUGCCCUACACUGAAGGGGAUGCACAGCAGUUACAGAGGAAGCGGCACAUUGGGAACGAUAUUGUAGCCAUAGUGUUCCAGGACGAGAAUACUCCAUUUGUGCCGGAUAUGAUUGCAUCUAACUUCCUGCACGCCUACAUCGUGGUGCAAGUGGAGAAUCCAGGGACCGAAAACACCGUAUAUAAGGUUUCUGUCACCGCCAGGGAUGAUGUGCCUUUUUUUGGUCCCCCACUUCCAGAUCCAGCUGUUUUCCGCAAGGGUCAGGAGUUUCAGGAGUUUUUACUGACGAAACUCAUAAAUGCUGAAUACGCUUGCUACAAGGCUGAGAAAUUUGCCAAAUUAGAGGAGCGGACACGGGUUGCGCUACUGGAGACUUUGUACGAAGAGCUGCAUAUAAACACGCAGUCCAUGAUGGGCCUCUGUGGGGAUGAUGAGAAGAUGGAGAAUGGAGCUGGAGGAGGAGGUGGCUUUUUUGAAUCCUUUAAGCGAGUGAUUAGAAGCCGCAGCCAAUCCAUGGAUGCAAUGGGGCUUAGCAAUAAGAAGCAGCACACCGUGUCAACAAGCCAUAGCGGAAGCUUUGGACAUAACCCAGACACUCCCAAACCCCCAGGAAUAUCAUUGCUGGUGCCAGGGAAAGCGCCCAAUAGGCAUGGACGCCGCGGCAGUGCCAUAGGCAUAGGAACCAUAGAAGAGUCACUGAUUGUUCCAGGCAAAAGUCCAACAAGAAAGAAAUCUGGUCCUUUUGGUUCCCGGCGGAGUAGUGCGAUUGGCAUAGAGAACAUCCAAGAAGUCCAGGAGAAAAGAGAAAGUCCAACUGGCCCCCAGAAAACACCAGACAAUGGUAAUGCUUAUCAGGAGCCAAAAUCUGAGAACUCCUCCAAUCACAGCUCACCUGAGAUGCCCACUACAAAAAACAGAAUAGAAUCUGGAAAUAAAUCAGAGCAACAGAGGGACUUCUCACGCUCCUCCUCUAGCGCCAGCAGUUUCGCUAGCGUGGUAGAAGAAAAUGAGAUGUUGGAUGAGGAAGACACAGGAAUGGAUACUGUGUCAUCAUCAGGUACACCCCACAAAAGAGACUCCUUCAUAUACAGCACUUGGUUGGAAGACAGCACAAGUAGUGUCAGCACUACCAGUGGAGGAAGUUGCCCAGGUCUCUCUCGUUCCCAACCAGAUGUCCAAGAGUCUGGAGACCCUUCAUUCCCAGAAAUCAAAAUACAGUUGGAAGAAACAGAGCAUCACAAAACCAACCAAGUUCUCCAGCGAAGGCGGAAGCUGAAGGAUUUGCACCAGACCCCGGUCUUCAGUACAGAUGAGAGUGAUUGCUCCACCUGUAAGCCCAGUUUCCUGCUGACUCGCUUCUAAAUUAACAAGGGAUCUCAUUCUAAGCCUCACUGCUCUUCUUAUCAUCGGUACACCCGUUUGUUUUAUUUUACUGGGACCAGCGUUACUUUUGGAGCAGAUGAGAGGACUGACAUAGAUCCUGAUAGAGUUUACAGAUACAGUAGCCGGUUGUUUAAUAGCAGGCAUCUGAUGGUUCACCGGCUAUUCCAGUUGGAGGAUGUGUGUAUCAUCCUUCCUGCCAUAUUUACAAAGUCACCUCACCAGCAAGGGUGGUAGAAUUACAUUAAUAGAUCUCAGCGGCACCUUGAUAUUAGACACUCAUACAUUAAUGGUUAAAGACUAUGCUAAUAAUAAUGGUGAACUAACAACCAUUAAAAGUAGGUCAUAUAUUGACCAGCAUCUCCAUGAGAGGUCUUUCAAAGAAGAGAAUUCUGUAGCCUCCCAAGCGGACUUUUGAGUGAUGCCCUUGAAAUGGCUGUAGACACAAACAUUUUUAGUAGCUAAGAUUCUUGUAAAUCUUUUAUCAUGACAACUGUUCCUUAUGAAUACCAGUUAUGAUUUCCAAUUAUUGUCCUGGAAUGUCAAGUCCAGAUUUCUUGGUUUGAAGAUCUUAAAACUGGUGGUGAUUAUAACUCAGGUCGUCAUGCAGCAUGCACACUCAAGUACUGAUGCUGGUGGAGAGACUUAUUUAAUCACUUAAUUCCAUAGAAGAAAAACAAAGUAACCAGAGUACUUGUAGGUUAUAGGUCAAGGACACUGUAAACCAAUCAUGUGCUUUACUGUAAGGUGUGUCAGCCCUCCCCAUUAGACAUGUGUGGCUUUCAUGCUAUGUACAGCCUGGUGUCCCAGCACUUUGUGUUUGUUUGGUACGGUUCACAUUAUUCUAUCACCCAUAUAAGUUAUUCUGAAGUCCAUAAAAAUAUAUUUAUAGAUCUCCUGUAAAACUAAUAUGGUUUUAAAUAACAUUUCUGUUGGCACAGAUAUUUUUGUAAAGAUAUUAACUGCCCCAGUUCUUACAUUUUGUGAGCCCUUCUCAGCUUCUAAUCUGAGCUUUAUGUUAAAAACAACCUAAUUCUCCCAGGUUUCAACUGUUUGUUUUGUGAACAAAGAACUUUAAGAUUUUCAGAGAAUGGCAGAUGUAUAGAGUUUAUGGAGAACACAUCACUGUGUUAUGGCAAGUGCCACUGGGACAGCUAAAUGAGCAAAAUGAAUUAUACUGGUGCUCAAAGUGUGUGUGACUUAUACACUAAUAUACUAAAUCAUUAUAUCAGUCUUAGGCAAUGGUGUAUAUAGUUUUUUUGUUGCCCUAGACACUGGAAUAUCUGCUGCACCCAACCGAACAAUUUAAGCUCAUAUAUGCCUCUUAAAUUUCUCUUGAGACCAGUGGUGUAGUCAUGCACUAGUGAACCAGGGAUCAAUGAUUUGUAAAAAAAAUGUAUAAAUAAAACAUUUUGAGAGACUGGAGUUGGAGGGUAUUAUGCCCUAGAACUACAAAAUGUUCUAUCCUUUAUAUACUGAUGCCCUCUAGGCACAGACAUAGUUGGCCAAGGCCAAACAUUUCUCUAGAAUAUUAGCUCAUAACCUUUUAGUUCAGAUCCUUUGUAUUAAAUUAAAAAAUCUUCUAAAAGACAAGGAUGCACGCCCUAUUUAAUGCUAACCUUAAUCUAUUUCUUGUUACCAACAUUUGUCUGACAGCUGAAACCACUUAUUUGUUACAUUUAGGCACCAGCAGCCCCCCCCCCCCCCCCAGAUACAUGAUUAAGGGUUGCUUAUUAAAAGUGAGAAGACUAAGCUUAGCAGUUAAUAUGGAAGACAUCAAGCUUCUUGUUAUGCCCAAGAGAUCCAGGGUGAGAUUUACAGCAGGUAUAAGAACAUUAAAGAAUGUUCGAAAACUCCACAAGUGAAAAUCAGUUCUCCAAAUAAAAGCUUGGACUAUAAUAAACCACAGAGAACAUAUAUAUUGGAUUCUCCUAAAAAGAAAAGCAGAACUCAAACAUACUAUGCAACUCAUCCAGCAUGCAUUGGUGGUCACAAAGCUAUUGACCGCUCUAUCCAUAAACAAUGGGAAUAAUCCAUCAUAUGACAUCCAAAUACAAAUUCCAUUUGCUCAGAAUUUACUGUUCAUGGAUUCUGCUCUGUGUGUGCAAAGUGAAUUUGGUAGCAAUGUUCAUAACAGCAUGCAGUGAGCUAGCCGUGAGAACAGUGGUGUCCUGUCCGCAUGUCUGUGGCUAUUUUAGUGUCCUGUAUGGACUUGUAAAUCAAAGAUUUCCCUCUUGUGGCUUCUUGUUGUAAUGACAUCAACCCUCCACAUCUCUCAUUGAUAAAAAGUCUAUGUUUGAUUUAUUUAAUAUUUAUGUCAGCAUUGUUUUAUCAUGUUUCCCUUUUGAAGGCACAUAAACUCAGUGAUGUUAAAAAAUGCAAAACACUUAUUUUUUUGAGAUAUGAUUAUUUGUUGAUGUGUUUUGUCUUUUCUUUACAUAGUCUAAUGUAAAAAAAAUAUAUAAAAGUUGUAUUUAUCAGAAGGAAAUCGUAAUAUAAUUUGUAAAAAGGCUUUAAAAAAGUUAUAUGGGCUGAAAAAAAAUAAACUAAAAUAUAUAUAAA